ACUCAGGAACAGGGAGCCUGAAGGAGAGGAGUGUUAAAGAAGAGGAGGUGCCACCCUGGAUCCUCCUUCUAUAAAGGAAAAGUCAUUAACCCCUCCUGCCUUCUCCGCUGCCUGCCCCAUGUGCCCAUUCUAAGCAGACCCAUCCUACCUUUGGGCAGUAAGCUCCCUGAUCACUGUCUCCUCACCUGCCUACCCCGUAUCUCUGCGGCCUCUUCUCUCUCCCACUGCUUGGUCCCAUCCUGAGCCAAGUCCAGCCACCUCCUUUCUUUGUUCUGCCCUCUUGGUGCUUCCUUACCUGUUCCCCACAGUCUUUCCCUGACAGUUCACUCAGUUGCCUCAGCUCUGGAAACCAGCCUCUAGGGGCAGAGGGCAGCACGAGGAAGCCUUGAGAAAAGGGAGGCCAUGCCAGAUUAGAGAAUGGGAGCGAGAAUUCUCCCGGGACCAUGGGCUUUCUGUGCGUGUUGACCAGGCCCUUUCCCUGACUUCCUACCCCUCCUGGGGCUCUGUCCCACCAAAAAGGGAAAGAGACAGCUGAGAGCCGACUGUGGGGUUUGGGGAAAGGCUAUGUCAUCAGCUGGCCCAGUGCCUGUGAUCCAUCCGGCUGCUAGAGAUUCCCCUCCCCUGGGCAAGUCCCAUUUUUUUUUUAAAGGAAAACAAAAACUAGGAUUUUUGGGAAGCAAUGAGACACCCAUCUGAGUCCUACCAACAGAGCUCCUGUCUGAAUGGCUUAUAGCUCAGCCAAUCGCAGAAGCUCGGGAUGCUUAAAAGAGCUGGCGCGGAGAGAGGCUGGGAAGAACCCACAGGGAGACCCACAGACACAUAGACACGGGCGAGAGAGGAGGAGAGAGACAGAGACAAAGGCACAGCGGAAGGAGCCAGAGACAGGGCAGGCACAGAGGCAAAGCCAGACAGUCUGAGGGAGCCCAGAAGGAGAGGCCCGAGAAGCUGCAGAAGACACGGGCAGGGAGAGACAAAGACCCGGGAGAGGAGGGGGUGUGAGAGGAGAGUUUGGAGGAGCCAGGCCACUAGGCGCCUCUCCGAAGCCUAAGGGCCAAGUUUUCUCCAUCUCCUCUGAAGGUCCCCAGCCCCUCUGAAAACUCUGCCUCUGACCCUGGCACAAGUCCGAGCCCCCAGGCUGCAGAGAGGAGCUUUCCAAAGCCAGGGCGGGGAGAACUCGGUGCCCAGACGGCCUCACUCCCUCCCAGCUGUAGCGCCGUGCCAUGUCCCGGACGGACCGGCAUCCCAGGAGGGGCUUGGCGGGGUGCUGGCCGGGGGGAGUCCAGCCCCGCCUGCUGCUCCCCGCCGUGCCCAUCUCCGGGCUGGUGGGGCAGCUUCUGCUGCUGCUGCCGCCGCUGGUCUCCCUCCUGCCCUCAGCCCGGCCGGCCAGCCCCCUCCCCCGGGACGAGGAGAUCGUGCUUCCAGAGAAGCUCAAUGGCAGCGUCCUGCCCGGUUUGGGCGCCCCUGCCAGGCUUCUGUACCGCUUGCCAGCCUUUGGGGAGACGCUGCUGCUAGAGCUGGAGCAGGACCCCGGCGUGCGGGUCGAGGGGCUGACGGUGCAGUACCUGGGCCAAGCCCCUGAGCUGCUGGGAGGGGCCGAGCCAGGCACCUACCUCACCGGCACCAUCAACGGAGAUCCAGAGUCGGUAGCAUCUCUGCACUGGGACGGGGGAGCCCUGUUAGGGGUGCUGCAGUAUCAGGGGACCGAGCUCCACAUCCAGCCCCUGGAGGGAGGCACCCUUAACUCUGCCGGGGGGCCUGGGGCUCACAUCCUCCGCCGGAAGAGUCCUGCCAGCGGCCAGGGCCCCAUGUGCAACGUCAAGGCUCCUCCCGGGAAUCCCAGCCCCAGCCCUCGAAGAGCCAAGCGCUUUGCCUCGCUGAGUAGAUUUGUGGAGACUCUGGUCGUGGCAGAUGACAAGAUGGCAGCAUUUCACGGGGCAGGGCUGAAGCGCUACCUGCUGACGGUUAUGGCCGCCGCAGCCAAGGCCUUCAAGCACCCGAGCAUCCGCAACCCCGUCAGCUUGGUGGUGACUCGGCUCGUGAUUCUGGGGCCGGGCGAGGAAGGGCCCCAAGUGGGGCCCAGUGCCGCCCAGACCCUGCGCAGCUUCUGCACCUGGCAGCGAGGACUCAACACCCCUGAGGACUCGGACCCAGACCACUUUGACACGGCCAUUCUGUUCACCCGGCAGGACCUGUGUGGGGUCUCUACUUGUGACACUCUGGGCAUGGCCGAUGUGGGCACUGUGUGUGACCCGGCUCGGAGCUGUGCUAUUGUGGAGGAUGAUGGGCUCCAGUCGGCUUUCACGGCUGCUCAUGAACUGGGUCACGUCUUCAACAUGCUCCAUGACAACUCAAAGCCAUGUGUUGGUCUGAAUGGGCCUGGGAGCACCUCCCGCCACGUCAUGGCUCCUGUGAUGGCUCACGUGGACCCCGAGGAGCCCUGGUCCCCCUGCAGUGCUCGCUUCAUCACUGACUUCCUGGACAAUGGCUACGGUAAGCAGAUGGCACCGCCCUGUCCCCGUGCGGCGCUCCGUUCCCCGCCCCCCCGGACUGUACUCUCUCUUCUGCUGCAUUCUGCAUGGGCCAACCUGACUGCCUCAAGGCACUGUCUCUUAGACCAGCCAGCGGCGCCCCUGCCUCUGCCCGCGACUUUCCCUGGCAAGGACUAUGACGCUGAUCGCCAGUGUCAGCUGACCUUCGGGCCCCACUCGCGCCACUGUCCACAGCUGCCGCCGCCCUGUGCCGCCCUCUGGUGCUCCGGCCACCUCAAUGGCCACGCCAUGUGCCAGACCAAGCAUUCACCCUGGGCCGAUGGCACCCCCUGCGGGCCGGCGCAGGCCUGCAUGGGGGGCCGCUGCCUCCACGUGGACCAGCUUCAGGACUUCAACAUCCCACAGGCGGGAGGCUGGGGCCCCUGGGGGCCAUGGGGCGACUGCUCCCGGAGCUGCGGGGGCGGCGUCCAGUUCUCUUCCCGGGACUGCACGCGGCCGGUCCCCCGGAACGGUGGCAAGUACUGUGAGGGCCGCCGCACCCGCUUCCGUUCCUGCAACACCCAGGCCUGCCCAGGUGGCUCAGCAUUGACCUUCCGUGAGGAGCAAUGUGCAGCUUACAACCACCGCACUGACCUCUUCAAGAGCUUCCCGGGGCCCAUGGACUGGGUCCCUCGCUACGCGGGUGUGGCGCCCCAGGACCGGUGCAAGCUCACCUGCCAGGCCCGGGCCCUGGGCUACUACUAUGUGCUGGAGCCGCGGGUGGUAGAUGGGACUCCCUGUUCCCCGGACAGCUCCUCGGUCUGUGUCCAGGGCCGCUGCAUCCAUGCUGGCUGUGAUCGUGUCAUCGGCUCCAAAAAGAAGUUUGACAAGUGCAUGGUGUGCGGUGGGGAUGGUUCUAGCUGCAGUAAACAGUCUGGCUCCUUCAGAAAAUUCAGGUACGGAUACAACAACGUGGUCACUAUCCCCGCGGGGGCCACGCAUAUCCUGGUCCGGCAGCAGGGGGGCCCUGGUGUCCGGAGCCUCUACCUGGCCCUGAAGCUUCCAGAUGGCUCCCACGCCCUCAACGGUGAAUACACACUGAUGCCCUCGCCCACGAAUGUGGUGCUGCCCGGGGCGGUCAGUCUCCACUACAGCGGGGCUACUUCAGCCUCUGAGACACUGUCGGGCCACGGGCCCCUGGCCCAGCCCUUAACGCUGCAGGUCCUGGUAGCCGGCAACCCCCAGAACGCUCGCCUGCGAUACAGCUUCUUCGUGCCCCAGCCAGCCCCAUCCACACCGCGUCCCCCUCCCCAGGACUGGCUGCACCGCAAGGCACAGAUUCUGGAGAUCCUCCGGCGGCGCCCCUGGGCGGGCAGGAAAUAACCUCAUCAUCCCCGCUGCCCUUUCCGGGCACCGGGGCCUCGGACUGAGUUGGCAGAAAGAGGAGGCUUCUGCGGCUGCCUCAUGCGGACACAUGGACACACGGACACAGUGGGGAGGGGCUGAGAGGAUGAGGCCUGCCCUCCUCCCCGCCCCGAUGUGCAGGCUGGCCCUGCCCUGGUUUCCUGCCCUGGACGGCAGGGACGGGUGGUGGAUGGAAGGGGCUGGGAGACCGUCCCCAUCCACACUGCCCCCUCUGCCCUGCUGGUCACGGGAGGGAGGGGGAAGCCAGUGGGGAGGGGGGAGCAGUUGUAUUUAUUUAGUAUUUAUUCACUUUUAUUUAGCAGCAGGGAAGGGGAUGAGGGCUAGGGUCCUGGGGAAACUGACUUCCAUCCCUCAUAACCCUCACCCUGGCUAGGAAAUCCAGGGUGGUGGUGAUAGGCAUAACUGGUGUGUGUGUGUGUGUGUGUGUGUUCAUGUUUGAGGUACAUCCUGCCCUUGCUUUCCUCUCCCUGAAUUUUAUUUUCUGGGGAAGGAAGAGUCAAGGGUAGGAUAGGCCUUCAGGGAGUAAGGGAUUAUCAUAUUUUUAAAAUAUAUAUUGACUUUUGCUAUUUAUGUGCGCUCCUUUCGGACUCAGACAGAUGUGGGUUGCACCCUGGCUCCACAUCUCUGAACAUGAGUUUCCUCGUUUGCCAAUAAUAAUACCUCCCUUGGAAAUGUCGUGAGGCCUAAAUAAUGUAAAUAAAGAACCACAUAACGCCUG